UCAGAGGAAUAUUUAUUCCGCUGAUACUCUUGAUAAGCAAUUCAGAGUGUGCCAGUUUUUUUGAUCUAUUAUCAAGUUAUGGACCUGAAGACAGCUACGAUAUUCCUAGAAAAACAUUGCCUUCUAAAAAUGAUUACGAUUUCAUUGUCGUCGGUGCGGGCCCUGGUGGUGCAACAGUAACAAAUAGACUUUCUGAGAAUAAAAAUUGGAAUAUUUUGCUGCUUGAAGCAGGUCAACCUGAGGGAAUUAUCAAUCAAAUACCACUGAGUACAAUUGCAUUUCCAGCUGGUGACUAUGACUGGGGAUAUCGGCUACAGACAGAUGGUAAAUCAUGUCUAGGAAUGGUUGACGAGCGUUGCACUUGGCCACGAGGUAAAUCACUUGGUGGAACUACUACAAUCAACACUAUGGUUUAUACUCGAGGAAAUAAAUUAGACUUUGAUAAAUGGGCUGAUAUGGGUAACUAUGGAUGGGACUUUAAAAAUGUCUUGCCAUAUUUUAAAAAGAGUGAAAAAUUUCGUAUACCAGGUAUAUUUGAUCCAGCUUAUCAUGGCUAUAAUGGUAACGUUGAUGUAGAGUAUCCACAAUGGCGGACUCCAUUUGCAACAGCUUUUCUAGAAGCUGGACAAACACUUGGGUACAAUAUUACUGAUGUAAAUGGAGCAGAUCAAAUUGGCUUUAGCUAUAUUCAACUGACUUCAGAUCAAGGUGCACGUUGUAGUGCUUCCAAAGCAUAUCUACGUAUUAAUAGAUCAAAUUUAGAUAUUGUAACAGGUGCUAGGGUACUUCGUAUACUUAUUAAUUCUCGCAAUCAAGCUUACGGUGUUGAAUACGAAAAAAAUGGUAUAAAAUAUAAAGCUUAUGCAUCAAAAGAAGUGGUACUUUCUGCUGGAACAAUUGAUUCAGCAAAGCUAUUAAUGUUGUCUGGCAUUGGACCUAGAGAUCAUUUAAACCAGAUGGGUAUUCCAGUAAUUAAAGAUGCCAAAGUUGGCUAUAAUCUUCAAGAACACAUUGGAUUUUGGGGAUUAUCUUUCGUGGUUGAUUUACCAGUGACAAUUAUAUUAAAACGAAUUUCUGAUUCUUCAAUUCUUCUUGAUUAUAUUUUUCAUAGAAAAGGACCAAUUUCAUCACCAGCUGGAGCAGAAGCAAUUGCAUUUAUGAAAACAAAAUACUCGGAAGAUUCAAGACCUGAUGUUGAACUUUUUUUAUUGGCAGCUGGUCUUAAUGCUGAUAAUGGGAGAGUAUUUAGAAAAGGCUAUGGUAUUACUGACAAAGUAUAUGAUGCUAUUUACAAACCAAUUGAAGGAAGAGAUACAAUUACUAUUUUACCUGUUGGUCACAAUCCUAAAAGUAGAGGUAGAAUUUUAUUAAAAUCAAAAGACCCAUAUGACAAGCCAAUUAUUAAUGGUAAUUUUUUUAAUAAUACAAUGGACAUUGAAGUUUUAUUAGAAGGAAUAAAAUAUGCAAUAGAACUUGUUAAUACUGAGCCAUUUAAAAAAUACGGAGUUCAAAUAAAUAGCCUUAAAGUUCCAGGCUGUGAAAAAUUUGAAUUUGGUUGUGAUGAUUAUUGGAGAUGUGCAAUUAGACAAAUACCACUUAUGGAAAAUCAUGAAUGUGGUACUAUUAAAAUGGGUCCAAAAAAUGAUCCAAAUGCAGUUGUUGAUCCUGAAUUAAGAGUUUAUGGUAUCGAUUAUUUGCGUGUUGUUGAUGCUUCAGUUAUGCCUGUUAUUCCAGUUGGACAUAUAACUGCUGAUGUUUAUAUGAUUGGAGAAAAAGGUGCAGACAUGAUUAAAUAUACAUGGCAAUAA